AUGACUUUAGUGCAAAGUGAUCAGGUUGCUCCGAUCUUCGUCAUCAACCUUCUCAUUUCCGACCUCCUUCAGUUCUGCUACAUGAUUGUUGAGGUGUCUGAACCUGAGCAUGAAGCAAUACAAAUAGUCUCCAUUCUAUUUUACUUCUUUGUUCUGUUUGCCAGUGUUGGCUUCAUGGUCUGCAUCGCCCUGGAAAGGUAUUUGGUCAUCGCCCACCCGCUGUGGUACCGCUUCAGACGAACCAUCAAGACCUCUGUAGCGCUCUGUGCUGUAGUGUGGGUCCAACCUUUUGUCUUUAUCUUCUCUUUCAUGGAUCAGGCAAAAAUGGCCGUCGUCAUCUAUCUACUCCUUCCCUUCCCAUUGUUAAUAUUCUUCUUGGUUGGGACCCUCAGAGCCCUGUCUGCUUCCAUCUCGGUCUCCUCUGAUGAAAAACGACGAAUUGUGGGAAUUUUGGUUCUGGUGCUGUUUAUAUACACGUUGCUGUUCCUGCCCAUCAUCCUUAACAUCCUAAAAUUAUGCAUAUACAACAUGUAUGACAUAUCUGAGGAUAUACUCAUCAUCCUGUCUUUCAUUUUUGUUAGGUUGAAUCCUCUUGCAGACUUAGUCCUGUAUGUGUUCAUGAGGAAAGGGACCAUAGACAAGCUUUUGGCCUCUGUGUGUUGUUGCAGAAUGGAUAGCAAUGAUAUCAGCAGUCCAUCAGUAUGAAUGAUGACAACAUUUCUGAGAGGGGUCCAACUGCAGACCUCCACUGUCAGGCCGGUCAGUUUUUUACAUCCCCACAGGACAUAACGUGAUGCAUUUCUCCCUCCCAACACUAUAUGGCACUGCACUGGUGGCCGUGGCCUUUAAGUACAGGUGGUGAUGCACCUGUGUUAGUCUCUUUCUUACCUGGGUUGGCGUCUCGGCUGUUGGUGACGGCGAUCCGGCGUUGUGGUGUGCUGAUGCGAGUGCUGUCACAGCUGUCGGCCCAGUUCCGGCUCUGUCUUGGCUCUAAGCGGGCUUGCUGGUUUUAGCA